CACAUCAGUCAUUAAAUUGCAAACAUACCCACGGAACUACCUGUCAAUUGAUUUUCAGUAGAUUGCCAUCGUUACACGCACCGUUUUCUCAGCCUUUCAACUCAUAGCGCUUGCAUUUCCCCUCUGCUUUUUUUUUUGCAUUACGCACAUUCCGCUUAGCUUUAAUUUCACCCCAUGUCCACUGCCUUUUUCAGCAGCUUGAAAGCAACGCCGGUGAAGGACGCGGAGCUUCCGCUGCACGACCGCGGACGACUUGCAAAACCUUCGGGGAUUGUGACGCUCUCAUACAACGCAACGGGCUCGCGACUCCUUGUGACACGCACAGAUCGGUCGCUCCGCGUGUGGCAGACUGCGGCAGACCGUGUACCAACCGCCGGCGCAACGAUUGAAGCGACGCACGACAAACCCGCUGAGAUGAUCAGCUGGCACCCGGCACACGAGUUCACGUUUGCUACCAUCGGGCUCGACGCAGACGUCAAGAUCUGGGACUGCGCCACGCUGAAGAAGGACAAGGCGUUGCUCAAGACACUCCGGCUCGGAUCCAGCAAGACUCGCCUCUUAUUCGUCGCAUACAGCGGCCUUGGGCGCUGGUUGGCGUGUGUCGACAAGGAGAACAACGUUUACUUGUUGGACACUACCCAAGGGUACCAUGUGGCUGCACACUUCCAGAUCAGACGGGAUAAUGUGUAUUCUGUGGCGUGGUGUAAUACCGAUGACUAUUUGUUUGUUGGGUUGGGGGAUGGAAGUAUUGCUAUAUACGAGGUGGAGGCCGCCGAAGGCGACGAAGGCGACGACGAGUCUUCGGAAGCCGUGGUGAAGCAAGAAGGCGGCGAAGCGGAGCCUAAAGACGUGGUGAUGGAAGCGGAGACUAAGCCUGUAAGUGAAACUCAAGGAACCAGCAACGCUUCUGAAAUAGCCGACAAGCACAUUGUAACCACGCCCCUGGUGACUGUCUCCGUCACAGCGUACCUCCCCUCACAGAGAUCUGCCGUGACGGCGCUCGCGUUCGAUCCCAGAGGCACCUACCUUGCGUCUGGCUCGCAGGCAGGGGUGCUCACUCUCUUCCCGACAGACACGUUGAUUCCGACUCAUAUCGUCACGGAUUGCGAUGAGCCAAUCACCGACUUGGAUACGUCCAUGGAGGGCACGUUUGUGGCGGCCUGCUUCGAGAAAGAGCCUGUGCGGGUAUACGAGACGAACGGUGGCUUGGUCCAAAAGUACGUGGUCCCGGAGAGCUCGGGGUGGAAGAGCUGGCUGCGCACGUGUUAUGCGAAGGUCGCCUGGUGUCCCGCGCGGACAGAGUUUGCGUACGUGGGUGACGACGGGAAGCUGGCAGUGGUUAUGAAGGGUGUUUUGGGGAAGGAGAAAAGGGAACACUAGUAAGGCAAGACCUGUGA